GAGGUCGGAGUUGGACUCAUGGGCGGUUAAUCCAUCCAAGAGUCAUACUUCUGCAGAUCUCGGUCAAUUCCCUCCGGCGAAUCCACCAAAAUCGCAACCUCCGUCAACGCCGUAAUCUACCCACAACAUCACAUAGAAAACAGGAAUAAUGGAUGGAGGUAUACCUAAUUUCAAAAAGUGGAACAUAUUGUACCCUGUUUACAUAAAUUCAAAGAAGACAAUUGCUGAAGGUAGGAGAAUCUCCGCAGCAAAAGCAUGCGAAAACCCUACGGCCCUGGAAAUUGGUGAUUGCUGUGGUCACCUCAAAAUUCCUUUCGCGAUUGAGCUUGAUAAGGCAUAUCCAAGGGAUUUCAUGCAAGUAGGGAGGGUGAGAGUUUUGCUGAGAAGACCGGAUGGGAGUUUACACAAUCCCCUUGUUGCAUCCAAAAAACAGCUGAUGAUUCGUGUUGCUGAAUUGGUUCCUAGACACCCUGGUAGAACAAAGAAACAAGAACCCGCAGCUACUUCAAACGCUGUACCUACGAAAUCUGGCAAGGGUGGGAAAAAGAAGAGAUAGUUCAGCGACCCAUUCUCCUAUUCAGUCGCAAUCUCUUAUUUUUUUAUGUACGAACUGGUGUAGUUUAAACUAGACCCGUAAUUGACACUUUGUAUGUUGUCCGAUUUAAAGCUAGUUCUAAGCUCCAUGUAAACAGAUCACAAAGGUUUCAGAAAUCUAAU